AUGCGCCGCGGCCGGCACCGCUCCCGCUCCCUCGCCCUCUUCUCGGGGCCGUGUCUCGGCGCCGCGGCGCGCUCACCCGGCGGCCAGGGGCGCCUCGCCGCCCGCCCUGCCUGGGGGGUGCGGGGAGGCUCCUGGCACCGCGCGGGGAGCGGCGGCGGCGGCAGCUCCGCACCUCCCUCGGGCGAAGAGGGCGGCUGCCGGGGGGGCGGGGACGGCCGCCCCCUGCCCGCCCCCGCCGGGGGCAGGUGGGCGCUGCCCGCCGCCGUCCCGAGGCGCCGCCGGGGCCGCCUCUCCGCGCCGGGGGGACGGGGUCUGCUGAGGACAGGGAGGGGAGGGCAGGGGACCGCGGCCGGCGGCGCUGCCCGGCCCCAGCGCGGAGAGUGCGGGUCCCCGCAGGUUGCCAGGAGACGGCAGCGGGGCAGGUUCCGCGAGCGGGAGUGCGGGGGCGGGCCCGGCGGUGAAGUCACUGUGGCCGCCCGCGCCUUUGUUCGCCGGCGGCUUCGGUCGCGGCUGCCCGAGCUCGGCACGGCCGCUGUCCCCGGGCGGGGAGGCGGACGAAGGCCGCGGGCAGAGCGCUGCGCCGCCGGCCCCCGCCGCACCUCGCCCGCCGCUUUGGCCCUGUGGCGGCCGCUCCGCUCCGCUCCGCACCGCCGGCUGGGUCGGCCCUCGCUGCGUGUGACCCCACCGCCGCUUGCUUGUGCGACCCUCGCCGGCAGCGCCUCCGUAACCCGGGGCGCUGCCCACCGGCCCAGGAACGCCGCCGCUUUCCCGGGGCGUCCCGCUGGCAGGAGCUACCUAAAACUUCGCUACCUAAAACCACCUCUCCUCCUUUACCGCCCUCCCCGAAUCGUUUCUGCCCGGAGUUUCCACCCCUCCGGGCGCAGUGGGUGUAACGCAAAGGUUAACCGUGUCGGAAAGUACCGCGCCGUGCGGGCCAGGAAAGCCCCACCGCGCCAAGGUGCGACCUCGGCCGCUGCCUCGCCCGGCCCCGCUCCGCUCCACGGAGGAGCUCCGUGCAGCUCCUGGCCCUGUGCUCCCCGCGGAGCCUGUGGGUGGAGGCGUUUUCCCGGCAGGGCUGCGGAAGCCUUUUCAGAUCCCGUGCUAAGCCUUGAGAAGCUAUGGAUGGUUUAGCAUCUGAAUGUCAGAGGUCAGAAGCUGAGCACGGUGAGUUUGUUCAAGAGUGCUGAGGAAGGGCUGGCAAUUAAGCAAUCUCGUGGUCCCACUCUGGAGUUUUUAAAUGAUGUAUCAUCUUUUUUGCUUCAUUGUGGAAAAAUCCCCCGUUUCAGACAUCUGACUGUCAUUCCUUGAGUGGUCACAGCCCAAAUGGGGAUAUGGGAUGUGAGAAAGCCAUAUGCAAUGACAUUCUGAAAGAAGUGUAGUAUCUGCAGGAUUUCAAAUAUUGUGGCAUUCUUAACCUAAAAGCUCUAUGAUUUCAGAGAUCACAGUCUCAAACACUGUAGGUGGAUAGCUACAGGUCCCUUGAGAACUAAUUGGGUGCAAUUUGAAAUAAGAUACACUGGUGACGAGUGAACUAAACUCAAUUUACUCCUGUUGGGUCUUGUAAUGUUUAUAGAUCAUGAUGUUGCAAAUUUAUGAUGAUUCAAAUGUAUCUGGAAGAAAAGGAUUCAGAUGAUACAUCAAGAAAUUCAAGGAAAUAUCUUUAAACAAAUUGCCAGCAGAAGCAAAAGUGACAGAAACCGGGAUCUCCCUAUUUUGGAUUUUUCACCUGCAUGGUCUGAAUGGUGCUAAUGGGAAGAACGAUACAGUUGAUAUCCCAUACAGAUAUAUUGUGUAUGAAACUAUUAGACAGAAUAUAAAUUAUCAUAAGCAGCGUAAAGAAAAUGGCUAUGUCCUCAACAGCAUGAAUUAUCUUCUCAAUUUCUAAGCAAAGGCUGUUCAUCAUACAGGUAGGAAUCAGUCAUUCCAUGCAUUAUUUCUGCUGAGAACAUCAUGCAAGAAUUUGGUAUUCUGGGCAGAAAGACAAUACCUGCAGUUUAAUGUGGAAGAAUAAAAAUGGAUAAUUUUCAUAUAAAAUCUGAUAAUAAGGUUACCAAAAUGAAACCACUCUGGUCAUUAACUUAAACCCUGAAAACAUAAUGAAAAGGAUGCCAUUGUUGGGUGAGAACUAUGUACCCUGAAUAAAGUCACCAAUAAAAAAGUCCAGAACUGAAGAUACAAAUGGUUUAGGCCUCAAUGUAUAGAGGCUGCUGUAGGAGUUGAAAGUAUAGUCUGCUGGUUUAUGUAAAAUGCCAUAUUUCUUUAGCUUCAUUCUUCCUGUGGUGGAAUCCAAGGACUUAAAAACAUUUACUUUGCAGUGAUAGCAUCUUUGAAUAUAUUGUUAUUUAGACAGUGUUUAUAAUGCAACAAUACAAUUAGGCAGGAGUUUUGAAUAAUAAUUCUAGGCUUGCAGAGAAACUGAAUCAUCCAAGGUCGCAUAUGAGAGUAAGUAACUCGUAAACUCCCGUAACAAGGAAUUUAACACCACUGGAAAUGGAUUUAAAGUCUCAAUCCUUUGUCCUAUCCACAGGACAGUGAAACCUUGAAGCAAUGUGUUUGUGGCAUCUCUGUCCUUGGAGAGAGUUGAAACGUAGCUAAACAUGUUCCCAAGCAGACUGAACUAACUGAACCUGUUUUGAGCAGAGGGAUGGUUGGGCCUCAGGGGACUGUUUCCAACGUAAGUUAUUCUACAAAUUUUUGUGGUGGAAAGUGUGUUAUUAUAUUACAUGUAUCCCAAAUUUCUUGAAGUGUUAUAACUGUGGCUUCUUUCCAGUAUUUUACAUUUGCUUUACUGAAACAAAAUGCAAUUGUCUGUCGCAUUGUUGGUGCAUAGUCUCUUUUUUCAGGAAACAGCUUUUUCAGGAAAAUAUUGCAUCUGCAAUGAAUGUUAACUAGAACUGGUCAAAAACCUCAAAACUUUUCUUACAAAAACCAUGCUCCUUUUUUUGGUUGAAUGUUUCCAACCUUCUUUAAUGUGCCAUUUCAUGGGGGAGAGUCCAAACCAGGACUGCAAAGGGAAGACUGAUGGUGUUUUGCAACUAAUAUCAAAGUUCUUUUUUAAAUAAAAAGUGUUAUUUAUCCAA